GUGAAGGAAUUGUUUUCGCAGAUGGCUGAAGGCUUUUCAAACUGUUGAGGGCAAAACCUGCAGCCCCCAACAACUGGAUCAGUCCUAACGAGAGAGAGAGAGAGAGAGAGAGAGAGAGAGAGAGAGAGAGAGUAUUUUAGUGAAGCUCAAUCAGCGCGGUGCAGCAGAGCGCUUUCACUCUCGAAAACUCACAGACAAACUUUAGCCAUGCACCGCUGUCAACUUCUUUCUUUCUUUUUAUCGUUGUGUGGGUGAAAUGUUGCCAAAUGUGAUUAUUUUAUUGUACGUGUUGGGACUUCAGUCGCGACACUGCGCGGCUGAUCUGUGCAACUGGACUGGAAGCGGUUUUGCAGCUGCUGUGGAUUCCAGGAUCGUAAUCCAGGUGCGGCUGCGCUGUACAGAGGGCUCGGUGAGGUGGAUAUACCCAGGCCAAGCGCUCCGGGUGGUCCUGGAGCCCAACCUGUCCACCACACGGCGCACCACCGUCUGCAUCAAACCGUCUCCCUCUUUCCACGGAGCCAGCGUGUUCAUUGAACGGGCCGGGGAGCUUGAGCUCCUGGUGACUGACGGCGGGCUGCACGAGCAGCAGGUGUUCUGUUUCCGGACAGAUGGUCCGCACAGGCCCGCCAUCUACCUCCAGUCCAGCCCGCAGAGUGAUGGACCCUGGAACAGGCGCACGAUGGGCUUCUUAUAUGAGCUACUGGGCAACCGGAGUGCUGCACCCAACCUGGGCCACAGCGGGCUUCAGACUUCAUGCCGACCCUGCAAUGACACAGAACUCCUCAUGGCCAUUUGCAACAGUGACUUUGUGGUCCGAGGCUCCAUCAGGAAUGUCUCCCAUGACUCUGAGCGUCAGACCUCGUUGGUGGAGGUGUCAGCAGUGAGGGUGUACUGGCAGCGCAGUGGGGUGUUUGAGCAAGUGGCUGUUACUGGGUCACCUCAGCCCUUCCCGUCUUGGCGUGGACGCAUCCGCACACUCCUGCAGUGCCAUGUGAAGCCUGGGGACGGAGAGUUUCUCUUCACGGGGUCAGAACACUUCGGGGAAGCUUGGUUAGGGUGUGCCCCACGAUACAAAGACUUCCUGUCUGUCUACCAGGCCGCCUGGGCGGCACAUCGGAAUUCCUGUGACUUCCCGUUAGACUGAGGAAGUGUGUUGUGUUAGCACUUCUGAGCCCUACCAGCCUUUAUCCACAGGCAUCCUCACCCCUGCGCUGGCAAGCUGGCAUCCAGCACCACCAGCAGGGACAAAGCUGUUGAAUUGCUGGUUAAAAAAAAGACACAUUUGGAGGAGCAGAGCAGGGGCCAACAGCAGGGCCUCCUGAAUUGAGGCUCAGAGAGGGCCUGCCUUUGUCUCUCUCCCAUCACUGCCCUCCGUCCUGGGAGACGAAGAAGGGGUUGGAUUGCUGAUCUCUUUGUGCUUCUCUCCACAUCAACCGUCGCUCACUUUGCUGGCUCUGUGUGACAAUUGCCCUUUGAACUGAGGUGGGAGGGAAGACUGGAGCAUGGCCAUUUCUAAUCAACAGCUAGUCCGAGGGAAUAGACUUAUACAUAUAUGAUUGUUAUUUUUAUUCAGACUCCUCUGUGCUAAAACUUCAAAACCUCUUUGCUUUGUCUGUUGUAUGAUCACCUUUGAAUUAAAUGUUUUUGCAUCAGGAUUGUUAUGAUGCAAAAUAGAUACCAAAAAAGAUUAAAUAAAUAAAUACUAGUACUGUACCAGUGAUCACAAUUUUUGCCAUUUAAUUAAAUGAUGAUUUGCUACAUUGUUUAAUUCAGGGGAUAAAAGGCUGUUUCUUCGGUUUUAAAAUGAGGAAACUUAUCAGUUUUCAUGCCGAUGCAAUUACUUCUGCGAACAUUUUCCAAUUUUAAAUCAGAGACUUCAUGAAAUCUUGAAACGUUUGUUAAAAGCUUAACUUGGUUUAGAAUGUUUUUCGUCAGCAA